AUAAACCGUGCGCCAUCUUGAAACACGAUAAAUCUCUUCCGAUGGCAUCUUCAAAGGACCUAUUUCUGGCUCAUUUUAAGUGAAAGUCAGUGUGAACGAUGGGGGAAACUUUAAAAAGUCCUCGGCCGAUACCUAACAUCGUCACAGAGGCCACUUUUAGUCACCGAAAACCCAAGAAACCUAGUCACAGAAACUUAAUUGAAGAAGAUUGUUUACCUCCACGAGCUCCAGUGAAAUCAGCUCCACCAAUAAGCAGAGUUUUUAAACAUACAGGAAGAAAUUCGGUGGGAGCACUGCAAGUCAGUUUUCGAGAUAGUGGUAGCGAAAUUAAAAGCCCCCACUACAAUGCGAAAUCACGAGAUCUCUAUUUUGAGCAGUGUUUUGUAGUUAUCAGCAGACUUGGAGCAGGUUCAUUUGGAGAGGUGUUCAAAGUGAGAAGUAAGGAAGAUGGAUGCCUUUAUGCAAUUAAGAAAUCAAGGGAUAGGUUCCGUGGUGAUGCUGAUAGAAAAUAUAAACUUGAAGAGGUCAACAAACAUGAGCUGGUAAAAGGUCAUAGAAACUGUGUCAAAUUUGUCAAGGCAUGGGAAGAAAGGAAACGUCUUUACAUACAAACAGAGUUGUGUGAAAUGAGCCUCAAAGACUUCUUGGAGAAAAAUGAUUCAACCAGUGAAUCUGUGGUGUGGGAGUUUCUAGUUGAUUUGACUUUGGGUUUGAAGCAUCUUCAUGAUAAUGGUUUGAUUCAUAUGGACAUCAAACCAGCAAACAUCUUUAUUGGUCUGGAUGGGUUGUGUAAAAUAGGAGAUUUUGGUUUGGUGUUGGAGUUAUCAAAAUGUGACACCACCCAAGCUUUGGAAGGUGAUCCAAAAUACCUUGCUCCAGAGCUAAUGCAAGGUCACUUUACAAAAAGUGCAGACAUCUUCAGUUUGGGCAUAACUCUACUAGAGUUGGCCAGUGAUCUUGAAUUACCAAAAGGUGGACAAGCAUGGCAUCAACUUAGAAAUGGAGAACUUCCCAACAUCUUUACACAAGGUAUAUCCCUAGAGCUUAGACGACUUAUAUUGCAGAUGAUGAAUCCUUCACCACAACAAAGACCAAAUGUGGAUGAGAUUUUAGCAGAACCUGCUGUACGCCAGGCAUGGAAAAGGAGGAAAAGGGUUUAUCUGUACAGUAGGAUGAAGGAAUCAAUGUCUGCAAUGUAUUACUGUCUUUGCUCUGUUUUGUUAUGGAUAUGGAUGGUGUUACUGUGGCCUUUCCGCCCAUUUACAAAUUCAUGGGCAUGGACCAAAUCCUCUGCAAAAUCUGAUGUGUCUUAUCAUGAGGACUUAAGUUUUUCUUCUGAUGAAUCUUGCAAUAAUUCCGUUUUUGAGAGUGGUAGUAGCACUCCCAAUUGUAGCAUGUCAUUUGAGGAGAUGCUCACACAUUCCAUUCCAAAGGCUCCUUGGCACAGUGAUGGAUAUUGUAGUUCGCCUGCUCACUUAACUCCCUCCAGCCAUUUUGAGCAAACGAAUAUAUCUCCUCAAAUGCAUUCUGAGAAAGAAAGCAACAGAGAAAGAGAUGAAGAGACCAGUAAACAACUAAUUACUCCACCAUUCCAUACAAGUAGCCCUGAGCACGAGAGAUAUACUCCUCCUUCAGAAAGAAGGCGAGGGCCUCUGUUUCACGAGGGAGGAUUUAUGACCAACAAUGUAGUUGGGCCUAGAAAUCUUCUGGAGGUAUUUGAGGAUGCAGCUAACAGUCCAGAGUGGUAGAAGUUUGCGAGAAAGAGGAUUUGUACAUGAAGGAAAGAAAUUUCGACUCAAUCCAGGUUAUAGAUCUUGCAGAAAACUCAAUACAACUAUCUCUUGUCAAUGGAGCAUCUGGGUGGAUUACACUUGGAUGAACAUUAGAGCAUCAAGGAAGCAAAUACUUAAAAUGAUUGCGCAUUGUUGAAAGGAAAGUCCAGAAUCAGUUUUCCAACUGCUGUAUUGUCUCUGAAAUAAUUUAUGUGUUCCUAUUCAACUUAAAUAAUAUUUCUUACGGUGUACCAUCUUAUGGAGACAAAUGUUACCAAGAGACGUGAGAAUGUAUGUCUUAACGAGAAUGAAAAAGGUUCAAGCCAACAAAAGUUAUCAAGUGGCUGCAUUUUAAAAUCAGUCUUUUAAUGUGACUCCAUUGUUUAGAUGAGAGGUUAGUGUUUAUUUUAAGUCAAGAUGUUAUGUUGGUUUUCUUGGGUGCAGAUUAAGUUUUACGCAGUAAAUCAUUCUAUACAAAGUAAAACGCUCCACUAAUGCCCAGUUUACCACUGUUUGCGCGACUCUUAGACCUUUCAAAGGGGAAAAUUUUUCGUAUCAAAGGCGAAAAAAGGACUUCAUUUUUUGUUAACUUCAGUGUUUGGGAACUCUUCAAAGGCGGUUGCCUAAUGAUUGUUCCGGUUUAACUAACGUUGACAUGAUCAAUAUUUGUAAAUAUAAACAAAUUCCUUACUAGUAAUUGCCAUUUAUAAAUAGUAAUAAUAAAACUUGCUGAGAUA